CAUCAUACUUAGUGAUCCACCUGCAAAAACAUUGGCUCUCCAUGCCCAAAAGGUUGGGAUCUGCUGGAGUGUAAGUCCUGGUGUAAACCCGGGUCAGGAAUGUACCCCUAAGGGGCGAUUCCCGGAGGGCAGGUUUUCACAGCACAGUAUUCGCCUUUCCCACUGACAUUAAACUCGCUCACUCCCCAGCAUCCAAGGGGUGGGUGGGCGCUUUACAGACCGAGCGACCUGAGCAUGUACCCUGGAGCUGGACUGCCCAUGCCCACGGGCCCCAGAGGCCCCGCUCAACGCUGGGAUCGUGGAUGUAACCGCGAGCACGGGUGUGAUUGGUUCCAUGCCAGGCUCCAAGGCGCAAUUCUGCCUCCCCGGCGGUGGAAGGCAGCACUUGGAGAUGGGAAGCCGAGAACUAACGGCUGAAACACACGUGCACCUGCCCCGCGACGCUGCAUGGCCGCUGAUCUGCACCGCGAAGCGUGGUGAGAACAUGUAGCGGAGCCGCAAGGAGGUGACACCUGCCGAGCUUGGCGUACACAGCCCAGCCCAGACAGUGGCCUGCGGGGCACCCCACCAUGGCCAAGAAGGGCAUGGGUGGCCGAGGCAAGGGGGACAAGGCGGAGGUCCUUGCCGCGCUGCAGGCCGCUAAUGAGGAGCUGCGGGCCAAGCUCACUGACAUCCAGAUAGAGCUGCAGCAGGAAAAAAGCAAGGCAGGCCGGGCCGAGAGGGAGAGGAGCCAGGAGCUGAAGCAGGUGCGGGACCACGAGCAGCACAAAGGUGCCGUGCUGCUCACGGAGCUCAAGGCGAAGCUGCACGAGGAGAAGAUGAAGGAGCUGCAGGCCGUGCGCGAGACGCUGCUGCGGCAGCACGAGGCCGAGCUGCUGCGCGUCAUCAGGAUCAAGGACCACGAGAACCAGCGGCUGCAGGCGCUGCUGCACGCCCUGCGCGACGGCGCGCCCGACAGGGCCAAGACGGUGCUGCUGUCCGAGGCCAAGGAGGAGGCCAAGAGGGGCUUCGAGGUGGAGAAGGUCAAGAUGCAGCAGGAGAUCUCCGAGCUCAGGGGGGCCAAGCGGCAGGUGGAGGAGGCGCUGACCGUCGUGAUCCAGGCCGACAGGAUCAAGGCCGCGGAGAUGAGGAGCGUGUACCACCUGCACCAGGAGGAGAUCGCCCGCAUCAAGAAGGACUGCGAGCGCGAGAUCCGCAGGCUGAUGGAGGAGAUAAAAUUUAAAGACAGAGCAGUCUUCGUGCUGGAGAGAGAGUUAGGGGUUCAAGCCGGGCAUGCUCAGAGACUGCAGCUCCAGAAAGAGGCUUUAGAUGAGCAGCUGUCCCAGGUCAAAGAGGCUGAUCGGCACCCGGGCAGCCCCAGACGGGAACUUCCUUAUGCAAGCGGUGCAGGAGACGCCUCAGACCACUCGGGAAGCCCUGAACAGCAGUUGGAUGAGAAGGAUGCUCGGCGCUUCCAACUAAAAAUCGCUGAGCUAAGCGCGAUCAUUCGGAAGCUGGAGGACCGAAAUGCGUUGCUGUCGGAAGAAAGGAAUGAGCUGUUAAAGCGUUUAAGGGAAGCUGAAAGUCAGUACAAGCCAUUGCUGGAUAAAAACAAACGCCUUACUCGGAAAAACGAGGAUCUGUCCCACACUUUACGUCGAAUGGAAAACAAGUUAAAAUUUGUCACCCAGGAAAACAUAGAAAUGAGACAAAGGGCAGGGAUCAUACGGAGACCCAGUUCCUUAAACGACCUGGAUCAAAGUCAAGAUGAAAGAGAAGUUGACUUCUUGAAAGUUCAAAUCGUGGAGCAGCAGAGCCUCAUCGACGAGCUCUCUAAGACCCUCGAAACUGCUGGCUACGUGAAGAGCGUGUUAGAGCGUGAUAAGCUUUUAAGAUAUCGGAAACAAAGAAAGAAAAUGGCGAAACUCCCCAAGCCGGUGGUCGUGGAGACCUUCUUUGGGUAUGAUGAAGAGGCGUCCCUGGAAUCCGAUGGCUCUUCCCUCUCUUACCAAACCGACAGGACGGACCGGACCCCAUGCACCCCUGAUGACGACCUGGAGGAGGGCGUGGCCAAGGAGGAGACGGAGCUGAGGUUCCGACAGCUCACCAUGGAGUACCAGGCCCUGCAGAGAGCCUACGCUUUGCUGCAGGAGCAGGUCGGAGGGACGCUGGACGCAGAGCGAGAAGUUAAGACCCGUGAGCAGCUCCAAGCAGAAGUGCAGAGGGCGCAGACGCGCAUGGAUGACCUGGAGAAGGCCCUGGCUGAGCAGGGGCAGGAUAUGAAGUGGAUCGAAGAGAAGCAAGCCCUGUAUCGAAGAAAUCAAGAGCUGGUAGAAAAGAUCAAACAAAUGGAGACAGAAGAGGCUCGACUGAAGCAUGAGGCCCAGGAUGCGAGAGACCAGAACGAGCUGCUGGAGUUCCGCAUCCUGGAGCUGGAGGAGAGGGAGAGGAAGUCCCCCGCCAUCAACCUCCACCGCGCCCCCUUCGCGGAUGGGAAGAGCCCCCUCCAAGCGUGCUGCGAGGCUGAAGGCGUGACAGACAUCCCGGUCACAGAGCUGAUGAAGAAGCUGGACAUCCUGGGGGACAACGCCGUAAGUAAUCUCACCAAUGAGGAGCAAGUGGUUGUCAUACAAGCCAGGACCGUGCUGACGUUGGCUGAAAAGUGGCUCCAGCAGAUCGAAGAGACAGAGUUGGCCUUGCAGCAGAAGAUGGUCGACCUGGAGAGUGAGAAGGAGCUGUUUAGUAAACAGAAAGGCUACCUGGAUGAGGAGCUGGACUACAGGAAGCAGUCCUUGGACCAGGCUCACAAGCGCAUCCUGGAGCUGGAAGCCAUGCUGUACGAUGCGCUGCAGCAGGAGGCCGGGGCCAAGGGGGCCGCGCUGCUGUCGGAGGAGGAGCGCGCCGAGCUCACGGCGGCCGUGGAGCAGUGGAAGCGCCAGGCCAUGAGCGAGCUGCGCGAGCGGGACGCCCAGAUCCUGCGGGAGCGCGUGGAGCUGCUGCAGCUGGCGCAGCGGAGAAUCAAAGAGCUAGAAGAGAGGCUAGAAGCCCAGAGGCGGCAAGCCAAGGAACUGGAGGAAAAGCUUUCAUUCUGUGGUCAUAGCUCGCCUGGGCUCUCUGACGUGCUGCCAGAGGAGUCAGACCCCUUUCCUCCAGCCAGGCCAGAGAGCAGCAGGUGGCUGGGCGGCGAGACCGGACACUGCACCUCAUUCCUAAGGACCCAGGAGGACCUGCUCUCUGCACACCUCCCCCCUUUAAGGAAGAGGGAGAAGGGGGGCUCUGAGCACCUCUGAGUGGGGGACAGUCACUCUGAUGAGCCAGAAUCAGGACUAGUUUUCUGGCCAGGGCCCUCCUGUCGGAGGCCUGGUCUUGGCUGCUGGACCCUGGGGUCUUUCCUUGGGGUGCAGCUUCCCGGUCCCGGUCGCAGGGCUGCCUGAGUGCCUGCUGAGCAGGUGCAGAGAGCCCUUCUGUGCAGGAGCCCCCCAACCCGCCCACCCUCACGCUUGGUCCCCGUACGAGCCAUAUGCCUGUCUCAGAGGGCGAGUCAGAAACAGCACAGGCACCCUGCGGAAUGGCAAAGUGAAGGCUGAACCGUGGUGGUGACCGUCAUUCAGGGAAACUGGUUCCUCCGGACGUCCCAAGGGCAGUUCCCCAAGACACCUCAGGUGGGCCGUGAGGACUCUGUGACUCUCACCGGGGUCCUGGGCACUUCCGGACCACACAUCCCGCAGCCCUGCCUGGUGCACGACGCUGCCACUCUUGGAACUGACCGUGGCUGCCCCACUGUACCGUGCCGUCAGCCCUCAGCCUUCUGCCCCACCUGAGCUGCGCCAGAGCACCGUGGGGCUGACCAUAGAAGACUAAGGAGCAAGAUGGCAGGAGGUGGGGCAGAGAGGGAUGGGACCCACCAGAAAGGGGCCUCACCUUCUUGGAGACCCUGGAGGCCAGAGGCCACCUCGGACAGCAUAGCCCCAGACACAGUAGAGGCUCUGGGCACCCGGCAACACCAGCGUGGAGGCCAAGAGCUGCAGGCGCGUGGAGAGGGGCUGUGCUGCCCAUCCAGAGCUCCGGCCUUCACACUCGGGGGGCCGUGUCCGGGCGAGGGCACAGCAGCACGCCUGUGGUUCUGCAUCCCAGAGGAGGGAGCCUGGCGGCCAGGUGGUGGGCAGAGAGGAAACAGCAUGCAGAUGAAGCCACUCUUAAGUGUGAUUUCCAUUUCUGCUGGGCGCUCUGGCCAACAGCCCAGGAAGGCCCCCGGGCACCGGGAUCCAGCCUGGCUCACGGGCUGGAGGUGGUGUGUCUGUUGACCCGGUACCCUUGGUGGUCUCAGGCUGUCAUGUUCAGUGUGGAAUGUGCACAGGGGGUGUAUGUACAUGCAAGUGCUUAACCAGAAGGUGAUGUGCAGGAUUUUAGCUUUUUUGAAGCACCUAGGAGUAGAUGUGCUGGAUGGUGAGACCUGAAGGCAGGUGAGAAUGUAACAUGUAUUAAAAAACAACAAGGUGCAUUCCUGAGGGGAGGCAGAGGGACAACCGUGCUGUUUGGAACUGUCUGAUUCAUUUUAUAUGUGUCAGAAGAAAUGUUCAACUUGGAGAUGACAGUGGUGGCCUGACCAGGCUUGAUUCCCUAGGUUGAAAUGGGAGAGAGCUUAUAGGAUCAGACAGGCAUGCUUUUCUCUGGUACAAGUGGGCUUUCUGCUGGGUAAUGCACUAUCAAUCGACAUCCGUCCAAGAAGGACCCAUCCUUUCUGUUGUCAUAAAAGCCACGGUUACCUAGUCAUUUGGGCAGAAGAUAUUGGGGUCAGCUCACUGCCUCUCUGGCUGAGCCUGGUGUGGGGUUUGUGUCCAAAGUCUGAAACCUUGUUUGAUCCUCCAUGCAUAGUUUUGUCUCAUACUAAUGGCUGAUCCUCUGUUGAACUCAGAACCGAAUGGCAAACAAUAGUCUUGUGUUCAUAAAAGCCACCACGGAGCUAUGGCUGAACUCCCCAGUUGAAGCCUGAUGGGCUGUGCAAUGUGGGUGCUCAGGAACACCCCACACUGCCAGCUCCACCUGUGGGUCACCCUCCUCUGAGGGAGCUCCUACGUGAUGUGUACAUGCUCAGGAAAAGCAGCUGGGUGGGGUGGCUGUUUAGGAGCUAAAGCUGUGCAUUUGAAACCCAAGUUCACACCCCUCCUCUUUGUCCGGAUCAUCUUGAUUUGCAUGUUGUACACACCUGGAGUGCUCCAUAUACCCUCCCUGCACACCCCAGACACUCAGCCGUGGCUUUGUGAGCUAAAACAAGGUGAGCUACACAGGAAAGAGGGAUGUAAACAUACCGAUGCUUACGAGAUUGUUACUGUUUAUGUGUAAAUCAUGUGCACAUAGGAAAGGGAAGUGGUUCAAUGGAUGUUUUUGAAUAACAUUCCAGGAAGCAACUGCAUUUGUAUCCUACUGUGUUCUGAAAACACACAGUGGUUGUGAUGUCAGCUCCUCUCUUUAGAUAACCACUUUUUACUCAUGUACCAUAGGCACCUUUACAUCUGAUUAAAAAUCCAGCAUUUCAGGGCCAGGCUUUUGCCAUCCCCACCCCCCAAAGAAAAAGGCAAAUAUGAGCAUUUGUCACUGAUUCCUGCUGGUCUAGUGAGCAUCUGAAGAAUUCAAGUAUUUUAAAAUAACAUGAUUGUCUAAAUUCUAGAAUAUACAUUUUAUUCAAAACUAGGGGGUUGGAUUGAAUUUCCUGCAAGUAUGUGGGCUAUUUUACUAUAUGUAAACUCUUCAAACAGGGGACAUCUGUGUGUAAACGCACCACUCACUGAUGGAGCAACAGGUGGGACCCUGAAAUGUUGCCAGAAAUGUUUACUGUGUAACCAAGACAUGGACCUGUGUACAGCAUAACAAUUACCAACAGAAUCACAGUGUGUACACAAUACCCCAAACAAUGCAAAUGUUUUCGUUUGUGUGAACAAGAAAUCCAUGUAAAGUGCGGCUUCCUCGUUGGCACAGGAUGCGUGUGUACCUCGCUCCCAUGGCCCAGAGCUCCAGUGCUGAAGGACAACGGCUCUUCCUCAAGGUGCUCUGCCAUCAUGGGGCCUGUAGCCCUCAGGACACCCCGAGUGCCUUACGUGGUCUGUGGACACAAACGCUGGAAGUCAGGAAUGAGGGCGUGUGGGAGUUUGGGGCUGUUGUGAUGUUAAUCUACGUGGACCAUUACUCCGUCAUUGACACCUUCAGUUGGGUUGUGUGUUUUAACACAAUAAUGGAUUUAUGUUUAGGCUCAGGAAAAUCAAGUUGUAUGUAUAUGUAUCAAAUCAUUUAUUUGUUUACUGUAUACUUUAAAAAAGCUUUACUGCACAUUUAUGCAAAAAUGAAAUUAGGACUUGUUUUCUCAUGCAAUAUGCCAGCCAGUGUUUGUGUUGUCUGAAGCGAUUCCUUACUAACCACAUUCUAAAAUGUGAUGUUCUGUUCAGUGCUAAACAGUAUUUAUGGGCCUAAAAUAGGUUUGUAUGGUGAUCAACUACAAGAUUUUACACAUAUUUUUCUAUUGUAAUUCCUAUGAUAUAUACCAGAGAAUUUUUACUCAUUUGUAAAUUAUUGUACAGUUUUAAUAAAAUUGUCUUAA